GUCCAUAUGAAACAUUGUUCAGUUAUUACAAACUUAAAACAGUUGCUAAUACAACCCAGGCUUACAUGUUUUCAAUGCAAGAACAUGAAUGGUACGAAAAAACUGUGAAAUUUUCUUCACCAAGUUUUCAACAUGUCAUAAAACAGAAGAACACUAUGAUCCAGCUCAUGCGCAAUAUUGUGUCUUUGGAGAAAGUUCAAGAUAAGAAAGUUAGGUGCAAUGAUGGUGUUAUGCGGAUUGAGGAACACAUAGACAACAAACCGAGAGAAUGUGAUCAAAGGGGUGGCUCUUUUGCAUUAUUGACAAACAUGGAGUUGGUUUUGUACUUAGCUGGACCUAAGAAAAGGUGCAACUCCAAAAAAAGCAAACUCAAUAAUUUAAGGGCCACUUUCGUAUCGUCAAACAUCAUUUCACUGAAUUAA